CCAAAAGAAAAAUGCUAUUUGUGGUUUCGACCAACUUACUUUAUUCGUUAUCCUGGAAAAGAUUUGUUUCCUAUCAAAACUUUCCUUCCAAAUAUAUUUAUCCUAGUUACUGGAGUAGAGCAAAGCAACAGUACAAGUGGUUGCCUUUCCGGCACCGUUUUGUACCAUCCUUGCGACGACUAGCUAUCUCCUGUUGCUCCCAUGCUCCAAGUUCCAUUGCAGUAAACAAUGUCAAAAAGACAAAGGCUAAGACGCAUCUAUCAACUUUCCUUUUGCCAAGUAACGAAAACAGCCCUUUGCUUCUGAAAAUUAGACACACUUGUGCCCACGUGAUGGCAAUGGCUGUACAAAAGCUAUUUCCAGAAGCCAAAGUAACUAUUGGUCCUUGGAUAGAUAAUGGCUUUUAUUACGAUUUUUCUCUAAGGACUCCUUUUACAGACGAAGACUUGAAAAAUAUUGAGAAGGAGAUGAAAAGGAUCAUUCAGAGGAAGUUGCCUCUGAGGAGGGAAGUCGUCUCUAGGGAAGAAGCCAAGAAAAGAAUCCAAGAAAUACAAGAACCAUACAAGUUGGAAAUAUUGGAUUCUAUUGUAGAAGAACCCAUCACGAUAUACUAUAUCGGAAAUGAGUGGUGGGAUUUAUGUGCAGGUCCACAUGUUGAACAUACUGGAAUCAUAAAUGCUGAAGCUUUUCGACUGGAAACAAUAGCUGGCGCUUACUGGAGAGGAGAUGAGAAUAGAGAAAUGUUGCAGAGAAUUUAUGGAACAGCUUGGGAAACGAAAGAACAGUUAGAAGAGUACUUGAAACAAAAAGAAGAGGCUAAAAAACGGGAUCACCGAGUAAUUGGACAGCAAUUGGAUUUGUUUAGUAUCCAAGAAGAAGCAGGAAGUGGACUAGUAUUUUGGCAUCCUAAGGGUGCUUUGGUUCGCAACUUGAUGGAGGACUUUUGGAGAAGAGAACAUCUGAAGCAUGGUUAUGAGUUGUUGAAUACACCGCAUAUUGCCAAGGUCGACCUUUGGAAAGUCUCUGGACAUUAUGAUUUUUAUAGAGACUCGAUGUUUCAGCAGAUACAAGUGGAAAACGAACCAUAUCAAUUGAAACCUAUGAAUUGCCCCUUUCAUUGUCUUGUUUACAAAAAUUCUUUAAAGUCUUAUCGCGACCUUCCUAUUCGAUGGGCAGAAUUGGGUACAGUAUAUCGUUAUGAGCGUUCUGGAACUUUGCACGGUUUGAUGAGAGUUCGUGGGUUUACCCAAGAUGAUGCUCAUAUAUUUUGCCUUGAAGAGCAACUGAGUCAGGAAAUCCGAAUGGUACUUUUACUUGCCCAAAGGAUUUUAAGUCGGUUCGGUUUCCAUGAAUUUGAAGUUACUUUAUCCACGAGGCCAGAAAAGUAUGUGGGAAGUGAUGAGAUAUGGGAAAGAGCUACCAAUGCUCUCAAGGAAGCAAUGGAAGCAGAGAAUUGGCGUUAUAUGAUUGAUCAAGGCGGAGGUGCUUUUUAUGGACCAAAAAUUGAUAUCAAAGUUAGAGAUGCAAUUGGAAGAUUAUGGCAGUGUUCCACUAUACAGUGUGAUUUUAACCUUCCCGAGCGUUUUCAGUUAGAAUAUGUUUCCAAUGAAGGCGUUAGGAGGCGACCUAUUAUGGUACAUCGUGCUAUCUUUGGUUCAUUGGAACGUUUCUUUGGUAUUUUGUUGGAAAACUGUGCUGGUGAUCUUCCUUUGUGGUUGGCUCCUGUUCAGUUGAAAUGGAUCGGUCUCUCCGAAGAAGCUAAAGCAACUUGCAACAAAUAUUAUGAAUAUGCCCAACAGAAAGGCUUACGUACUCAAGUGGAUCAGUCUGGAGACCGUAUUUCUAAAUGUAUUCGCAAUGGAGAACUUGAAAAGAUACCAUUGAUGGCCAUUGUAGGACCCAAGGAACUGCAAACGGGUCUCAUCAGUGUGCGGUCGAGAAGUUUAGGAGAUUUGGGUCAGUUAUCGUUGGAAACUUUGUUGAACAAAAUGGUUAGUGCUACUCAAGAAGCUUGUGAUUUACAAGAUAUAUUAUGAAAAGACUGUCUCAUGGAUGCAUCGAAAAUCAUGUCGCAACAACCUUCUCUGAGCUAUUUUCACUCCGCAUAAUAAAUUGUUCCAAUCUUCGAGCAUGAGGAAAAGCAAUCCAUUUCAAAUGACCCAACAAUAACCAAG